CAUUACAAAAUGGAGGAAAGAGCACCGCUAAUGCGACACCAGACAAUAUUUUUUGUUUAUGAUCAUCGAAAACACCGGGAGGAAGAUGACCCUAAAGAUGCUGUACUUUAUUUUUAUCCUCCCUCAGUAAAUGUUGAAGAGCAGAUCUCACUUGUUGGGGGGUUGAUAGGAUUAGUUAAUUUUUGUACAGAGGUGCUUCAGCAAGGAACCCCUUCUGUGGUGUCCCUCACCACAUGCAAGUUUGCUGUUCUUGCGACUGGAACUUUCAUCCUUGGUCUGUCAGCAGAAUUAAAUACUCCCCAAGAUUUUUUGAAAGAACAUUUGCAGUUUCUUUGCGACACAUUUUACCUCUAUCAAGGAAGUUUUGAAACUGUCAGACAGAAAGCAGGAUCUGAGGGUUUUGUUGAAAAGUUAAAUGAGAUUUGUAAUUCUUACUUCUCAUUUUGUGAGAGUUAUGGCGACCCUUUAUCUCAAGCAUUCCAUGUGAUUCCAUAUAGGGAACUGCCAAAGAGUCAGUGCACUGUGUUUUUGGAAGCAUCCCACAUCUUGCAAAGGGCUCAGCAUCAGCCUGGUGUACUUGGUGGUGUCUUAUUCAAUAAGAACAAGGUUUUAUGUACACAACUGAGCAACAGUUUGACCCGAAGAAUGCUGAUUCUUAUGCCACAGCAACAAAAUUUUCCAUGCAAUGAAAUCAAGCCAGAGUUUGAUGUGCCUGGAGGUGUUCGACUGCUUUGUGUUUUCUUGACAAGAGAGGAAUUGAUCUUGCUUAGUCCAAGGCGAUGUCAAAACACUCAAGCAAGAAAUGAUUCUGCCGUGGACCAGACGGUACCUUCUGAUGUGGCAUUUUCCUUAAGAAGAAAAGCCGAUCACUCCUCCCCCCAAACUAAUGCUUCUGUGUCAGUUGACCUCAGUGAUGUUUUUUGUGAUAGUGUUAGUGAUCUUCCAAUGGAUGAGUCAGCCAUCACAAGGAGCCAAGCAUAUACAAUAGACCGCAAAAGCAGCUUACAAAAUGGUCAGGAAAAGCACAGUCAAAAUUCUUUUGAAGACAAUAGUGCUGAAAGUCAGAGAUCUGAUACUUACCAAGGAGGAAUAAACGUGGAUUCACAGUGUUUGUCUGAAGUUAAAAAACAUCUUUUAGAUAGCACUUUAAGCGAGCAGCUGAGUUGUGGUUUGAGAGAUACAGCACUUUCGAAUGAUCCGUGUUUAGAGUUGCAUUUUGAUGGGGAUGGGUUAGCAAAACAAUCUGUGGCAAAGGGUAAGGUUAACAGCACAAUGGAUGAGAAUAUGGUGAAUGUCUUCAAUGAUGGUUCUGAGAUGGUAGAAAGUGUACUGGUGUCCACGGAAACAGUAAUAACUGAAUGUGAUAGUCUCACGAGUAAAAUUCAAAGCCAUAAGAACAAGGAUGAGUCCACUGACAAAGACGUUAGUGACACUGAAGAAAAUUAUAAAUUAUCUGGACAUGAAGUUCUAAAAGGAGUCGAUAAUUUUGCUGAGCAUUCACCUCCUGUUAUCAAACGUGAUGAUACUAGCAUUGUUUGUGAUGUAAGAGAAACAGUUACAGAAUUUUCAGCAGAUGUGGUGGAGCUGUGUUUUACAGAUGGAAUAAAGUCUGGAAUUGACAACCAAACCCAAGAAGUCCAGAGUGAAAAUCCCACACAUCUGAUUUCUGCACAGGAAAAUAUCCAGAUGGUGACAGGUGUUGAAAAUACUAAAAGUAACAAAACCUAUUCAAGUGCUUCAGCAUCUUACAAAGCUGAUGGAUAUUCAGACUGUGAAAACAAAGGUGAAGGCAGUGCAGCAGACAAAAGAGAUGGUCUAACAGCAGCUGAUGACAAAGACUUGUCGACAGAGAAGAUAACUCCUGAAGGAGAUGGUGCUUCUGGGAGUUCUUUUAGUGCAGAUGAGGACAGGAAUGGUGUGACAGUUACCUCUGAAGCUGCCUCAUCAUCAGAACUUUCAUCUCCGUCCAUCAGUGAUCAUAUAACACAAGUGCACUUUAACACAGUCCCAAAAGUGUUUGGAGGUCAGGAAAAUAACAGGCAGAGUACUGGACAAUCCCCGACUGAGCAGGAUGGUAACUCUGAUCUAAUUAAAAGUGGAGGUAGUUCUGUGCUGUCUGAUGGGCAAAUGAGUCCAGGUAAGGAGCAGAUAUUGUUUGAGACCACUAUUCAAAGCACCAGCCAUUCAAGUGCCACGGCUGUGUUGCCCAGCUCGGCACAUCUACCAACAACUGUUCAAAGCACCACCUGCUCUAGUGCCACGGCUGUGUUGCCCAGUUCUGGACAUCCACCAAGAACUGUUCCAUCAUGUGACUUUGGCAUUGAUGCCAGUAGCAGUGACUUGGCUCCAAGCACAGAGAGUCACUUUACUGCAGGGCGAUCUUCAGACAGUGCUAGACAAUCACAGGAAAGCCUAUAUGCUGUGGAACACGAGGGAUCUGAAAGUGAAAUGGCUGAUCUUGAAGGUCGGCAGCCAGUGCUGUUGUAUGUACAAGGACACAUGGACACUUUGCUUAUUCUAGUGCUUGAUAGUCUUUCACGAGCCACAAAAGACAACAUCAAUAAACUAUGGAAGUCUUCAUUAGCAAAGCUGGCAGAAAUGGAUUUUGCUGUCAAUGAUAUGGAUAUGAACAGCUCACCUGAGGCUUUAAAAAAAUCAAAAGCCUCCUAUCUAUAUCUGCAUUAUGAUUUAUUUAGUCAACAAAUGAAGGGUACAGCGUUACAACCAGUGACAAGCAUGGCCAAUGAGCUUGUCAUCUCUAGCGUACAGAUGCAUGACAGCUUCUGCAAGAUGCCAGCCAGCCAAGAUAUCAUACUCAGGACUCAUACAACAUGUUCAUAUGGCCACAAAACUCUGAGCAAUGAGACCUUUUUUCAAGUUGCCUCCUCAGGCCAGACCGCUGCUUUUCCUAAUGCCCGAGACCCUGCAUUUUCCAUAGACCAAAUGGCAGAUCGACGACUGUAUUCUGAUCAUAAUGCAGCACUUCUGUGAAGAACACAAUACAUGAUAUUAUAUAAUCACAGGACAACUCUCCUGUAAAGAAUGCAGGACAUGAUUGUGGUGGAGUGUGUCAUGAUCACAUGAUUCGUCCAUCAAGUCCAGGCUUCUGAUAUUGGUGACACUAGCAAUGCUUACUAUUUAGCUCCUCUCGGAGUGAUCUAACAGUAUGGAUAAAGAAAAUAAAAGUAUCACUAUAUACUCUUCUGUUUUGCACAAGAGUAUAACAUUCAUAAUGCCUGUUAAACUGAUAGAUUGUUCAUAUUUUCAUGUUUUACCCAUUUCAUGCUUUGUUCUUCCUUUCAAACGACUCACACCAGUAACAGCACCAUCAUGCAGAUGGGCACUUCCCAGAACUUAUAAAAUAACAGCUAAUCAGUUAAAGGUACCAUGGGGUGCUAGUUUGGUGUAAGUCAUCAUGUUUACUUGCCUUGCAAAUUUGUUUUUGCAUAAAUAUGCAUUGGUCAGUAUAUCUGUAUUUUUAUACAGUUCUUUAUAUGUAGAAUAUUGAACAAAUACACAACGGUGCAUUAACUCAAUCAGUACCGAUAAAUCGAUGCAACUGAGCUGUAGCUAUGAAAACUUCGCAUCAGUGGGUGCAAACUGUAUAGGAAGAGUGAAAAUAGUUUGUUUAAACAUUUAAACAUGCAUUUAUAGCUCAUUGCUUAUAUAUCCUUAGUUAUGUGUCUUGUUUUACUAUUCAAAUCAUUUCAUUCAUUUUUCAUUAACAUUUGUUGUUGUUCUUAUUAUUAGAACAAUUAUCAGAAGUAUUAUUACUGAAACUAUAAUCCUCAACCAGCAUGAUAAACUUUUAUUAGAAGUGAAAAUUAUUAAACCCAACAUUUCAUGAAUGAAAAAUCUUUUCAUCAACCUUGAUCAGACUAUUUCCAGGGUAUCACCAUUACUGACUGCCAUGGUGUCAGUGGGCAGAGUGCAAGAGUCACAUGUUGACAAUACUUAGUAUCCACAGUCAGUGUGUUAAUGCAGAAUGUAGUGUGCAUUUCCGACCAACAUGAUGCUAUGCAAGGUUUUGAAGAGACACUGAGACAGCACGCUAGGUUACUAGAGAAAGCUAUGUCUCCAGAAAAGGGAGGAUGAGAGAAUGAGAGCUACAAAGACAGGCAUUUUUAAGGUGUUAUGGUCUUUUGUGUCUGAGAGGAGUUGGGUGGUAAUUUUAGACCAGCAAGUAUCUAAUGCGUCUAAGAGACAAUUUUAGUGUUAUUUUUACAAUGCUGUUGUAAAGUAGAUUAUUUCGUAGUGUCUGCAGACUUAUUGUGAAAACUUUUAUAAAAUGUAGAUUAUACUUCAUUUUAUAUUCAACUUUGAUAUAUGCCUUUUGCAGUUGCGUUACAUAGUCUUGUAAUUGUUGGUGCUUGGUCAUGGAUGUUCAUGAUAUAUAAAUAUACAAUUUAUUCAAUCUUGCCAUUUUAAAAAAUAAUAGGAUGUUGGUAAAAUAGUGAGAGCUUAGCGUAGUUUUGAACUUUCAGAGUGUGUCUUAAUAUAUUUUAUUUCAUCGGGAAGAAGAAUCUGAAACACAUGCUCACCAAAGAGCAGUGAGUGUGGUUGUGUGAUGAGCCUUAAGACACCAAAUCAUUGCAAAUGUUGCAAGUUUGUUUGCUUGAAUAAUUUUUAAAGGUGUGGCAUGAAUGCACAUUGCUAUAACAUAUGAGCUUUGGAUUGCUGCAGACCCAGAAACAAUCAGAGUUGAUAAUGAGCGUUAGUUUUUGAAAACUUUUGCUAGUCUGCAAUAGUAAGAUAAAGAAAAAUUCUGGCCUUCUCCUUCUGCUACUUUUUCCUCAAUAAAUCAAAUAUCCAUUACUGCUGAGUGGUUGGAAGACGUUUUCCCAGUCACAAGCUUCAAGUGGACAAACUGCAAUAGCCAUUAUAAUACACUAAUAGUCAUCAAAAGAAACAUCUAGUUACACAAGGUUCUCUUCUGAUUUUCAUGGUAAGUAGUGCUGGGUGAUGCCGCUUUCACUGCACUCAUUUUCAUGUGUCAUCUUAUGGUAAAGAUGUGAACAGUUAGGUAGCUGUUUGUGUCUUGAUACUAUUUUUCAUGCUGAUUUUUCAGCUUUCUGUUUAUGUUGUGAUGGUGCUUGAGUAAACCUCUUUACAACUGUUGAUCAUUUAAAAAAAAAUCUUUACUCCAAAUCAAAAGGAUUUUGUUGUUACUAGAAUGAUCUAAAACAUUGGAACAAAAUCCAACAAGGUGUUCUGUUAAGCUAAGUGUUAACUGUGCUGUGGUGUUUCACUCCCUGUAUUACCAGUCACUGCACUUGUGAGAGGUUUAUAAUGUUUAUGAUUAUUCUAAAGGGCAGCAAUAUAUCUGUUGUCUGCAUGUUUACCAGACAACUUCUAUGAAUGUCUGACUGUUGGCUGGAUGAUUGAAAACUCGCAUUAUACAUUAUAUUUAUAGAUGAUGAAAGAGAAUCUGCAUUGAACAACAAAUAUUUGUAAUUUCAAGUUAUCUUUUUGUUUAUUUUUAACCUUUUUACUUAAUAUUCAGUGGCUACUUACAACAAUAUAUCUUAAUUGUUAGAUUUAGGUAAAACACCAAUACACUCUCUCCAUGCUCUUCGCAUGUACUUCUUGUUUUAAGAGAGUUACAAUAACCCAGCUACAAUUCAUAUUUAAUUUAAUUUUGUUUUCCUUAAUUUUUCUUAUUUUAGAAACAUGAUGCAGUUGGUAAAGUUGAAUUGACUAGAUAAAUAGUGGUAAAAUGUAGAAAAGAAAGAAAAACCGGAGAGGAUUUGUUAAUGCCAAAAAUCCAUUAAGUUUACUUCUUGGUCUUAAAGGACUGGUGGGUAGCAGAAUUGUUUUCUAAUGACUGAGUAAAUUAGGCUACUAUUUCCCUCUUUCUUUAUUGAAAUACAUACCUACGUCACCAUGUACAGAAAGAGGUCAAAAUAUCAGAUACACAUAAUAUCUAGUCCCAGCUCUCCCAUUGGCUGAAAAAAUUAUAAUGUUGAUGUAUUCAUUUUUAGUAAUGAUAUUUGUAGAGGUAUAUUCACCCAGAUUUAGGGAAGUAAUAUUUUGCAUUGUUACCCAAUUAUUAAAAAAAACUUUGUAUCCUGUGAGCCCUUUAACAGACCAUUUAAAAAAAUCUUUUCAGAAAGUGGUAGCUGCAUUUUGUACCCCAUUGUAUUCAACUAAAAUAUGAAACUUUUCAGCCAUGGAAGGAAUUAUUGAUACAAUAAUCCAUUGUGCACAUAAACUGUAUAGGGAAUGUCUGAUUCUCUAUGUUCUCAUUUUGGAAAGUAUGUAAUAGUGUAUUUUUUGAAAUAAGCUAUGAACACUGUCAUCCUUCAUUACUACAGUUUCUACCUUUAGUUUACUGUCUUCUUGGCAAAUUCAGAACAUUCCAUUCAAAUCUAUGUUUACAUUGGUAUCCUUGCUUCUUCGCUUUGAGGUUUGCAUAGCUCAAUUUUUGAAAUCACUGUCUUUUUUGGGUAUUCUAUCAGUUCUUUUUCAUAUGAAAGUGUGCAGAUAAUGUUUUCAGUUGUCUAUUCUCCAUAAUAUUCUUGCAUCAGAGAAAUAUAUCUUAAGAACCAGGCAAACUUUCCCCCCCCCCAAUUAUUUUAACAGAUUAUAUUGAGAAAUGUUCUCAUUCUCUGACUAUUCAAGAUCACUUUUUUUUUAAUGCAAUUUUCUUAGAUUUUGUUAUUAGAGUUUUAUACACUAAAAACCAACAUUGUUGGCCAGAUUUUUGAAGGAGACUAUAAAAUGUGUUAACUGUUUGCGCAACUUGUUUAGGAUUAAUUAACAGGUAAUAAGAUGAUUUGGUGAGAUAUACACAUAGAAAGAGAUAUGGGAGAGGUGAUGUUAACAAAAUUGUAGAUUUUCAUUCAAUAGUAAAAUAAGAUACAUUUUUCUUGACAUUUUCGUGUAAUGUAGUUAAUUUUAGUUAACUUUUAUUUACAAAGUCAAGCUGUGGAAGUGAUGAACAGUGUGAGAAUUCAGGAGGUUUUAUAAUCAGCAGGUAAAUGAGGAAUGGAUAUAUAGAGUGGAGCUAAGAAAUGAAACAAAGUUUCAUAAAUUUAGGUCCUUUAGAAGUAAGCUUUUAAUAAACAUUAAGGAAAAAAGGA